AAACGCUGCAAACAAAAUUGUGGCAGGCAUUACUCUGUCGCUUUGUAGAGGAUUUUGCUAUUCUGUUUUGUUCAUCUAGCGAGCGAAACUCCAUUAACCUCCGCGGUUCUUGAAGUUGACCGGUCAUGGGAAAUAAGGCAGCAAAACCGGAGAGAGAUGAGGUGCUUUUGAAGAUUGUCCCUCCUAUAGAUCAAGCAUAUGCUCGAUGGCUUGCUCGAGACCUUGAAAGAAUUUAUGGCUUCGCCCCAAGAAACCCUCGUGCUGUAAAGCCACCUGAUCAUUACAUAGAAUACAUGCGCUUAAACGGAUGGUUGGAUGUCAACUUAGAUGACCCCGACCUAGCUCGUUUAUUUAAAUAAUCAAUCAACUGCAAUAGCAUGUAUAAACUUGAGCAAGUAGGAACCUUGGUUUCAAGUUGAUGCUUAUUAAUGGGAUUCAGAUAUUAAGCAGUGGUAUCAAAUGCAACUGCAAUGUACUUUAAACUGAAGCUAUCGAGAAGUAUUACCAUUUAAAGUUUCUUUCUUUUCUGUUUUGUUUUA